AAUUCUUAAUCAGCUAACACUAUCAUAAAUGAAAAUAUAAUUUCUAAUAUUUGUGGGAAAGGAACUUUUGAUGUGAAAAAAAAUGUUGAACGAAUCUAAACGACACAAUCAGCUGAUAUUUGUAAGACCUUCCACGAUUCGUUGACAUCCGAAGGCUUUUCAUAGAGCUUCUCUCAUUGGCCAAGAUUCUCAAUAGUAAAGACAUAUCCGAUUUCCAAACUUUCCCAUUGACAUUUCAUAUAUGGGCUUAUUAUAUAUUCGUGAUUUACAUAAACCAGUACCAAAAUAUCAAAUCCCAAAAUCUGCAUUUUAUAUUAACAGUUUAAACCCACAAGAAUGUAACCCACUCAUAAAUAAUCAAGAAGCAAGGCAUCCGAAAUCAGAGUUUUCCCGACCAGCUAUCGUCUGUUUAUUUAUCUUGUGUUUGGUCGGAGGAAACGUCAAGUUCGCAACGCGUUCAAAAAAUCGAUAGUGUGAGGUGUUUACACAUGCCAUGGCCUCCCCAGUAGGCGAGGACAACCUGGAGGACGUCCCUAUCGACGACUUCAAGGGCGUGACGCUGCGUUUGGACCCGGCGUCAGGACAGCCUUCGAGGAGUGUCAGCCCGAGCGGCCCCGACGUCCCCUCCUCCGGGUCGACCUCCCACAGAUAUGCUGAGGAAAGAACAAGACCUCUGUUACGACAAGCCAUAAGUGACCCGGAUGUAGUAACGCCGCCAACGCCCGACCAAGCCAAUAAUUUCUACUGUAGCCAAGGUUUGAGUCGAUCCUUUUACCAGCAACCCCCCAUAGGUCGACCCCGCCGGGCCUCGUGGCACGCUGACACGGGCACGGAGCCGGGCAUCAGGGAGUUCUUCUCGGUGCGGGUCGGGGCACUGGAACAGGCCGUGGAGGAGUGUCGUCUGCUCACCGACCCCGAGACGGACGGGGGGAUCAAGGGCGCGUGGCUGCUGACGGAAAUUAAUCACUGGGACAUCGAGAAAGAACGCGUGGUGAUACUGUGUGACCUCUCUCUCUUAGUUGUCAAGUAUGACUUCAUUGCUCUUCGUCAUUUGGAGUUCAAUCGCAUCUACUUAUCAUCCUUAGAAAAUAUUCAAAUUGGUGAACUGACAUACCCAGAUCACUCACUUGUUCCGAGAAUUAGUGGCAUAGCUGGUGGCGUAGUGACUGUAAUUCGCAGUUGCCUCUUGAGUCGGAUACAAAGUACCAUUGCCACGCUGAGUUCGAGAGCCUCAGGGGCAGCCAGUGUUGUGGAGAAGGAGGAACCAAUGCCUGAUAGACAGUUCUCACUCUCUACUGUGAGCUUUGAACCAAGAGGAAGAAACAUGCAAGGUUUGCGUGUGACGUGGAAUAGUGGCCAUGAAAUAUCGUUUGCUCAGAAGUGGAAUCCUUGGAGUAGGGAUAUACCUUAUACUACCUUUACAUCACAUCCUCUGUAUUGGUACACAGGGUGUGAAAACAGCACUUACGAUGUCAAAUCUCUUGCCAAGGAACUCAAAAUGACAGUUGAGGAACUACAGGAUAGGCCAGACACUGUGGCUACAUGUACUGUCAACCAGAGUCCAAUUGUCAUUGAAAACUACGUGGGCAUUGCCUCCUUGCUCCACAACGCCACUGAGCUCGGCUUCUUUAAGCUGCGGGGGAAAGUGAGCUUCUGAGGUGUUGCGGGUAGCAGCGUGAACAUUAUCAUGGCCUUCCCCCCCUCCUACCUUGAGUAGUGAUUGAAGAUUGAAGACUUUGAUUGCUAUGGUUUGAUUGAAUGAAGAUCACCCACUGCAGAGGUAGUCAGGAUUAUCUUUUUUUCUUUCCUUUGUUCUUCUUUUCCUUCCACUUCCUCUUGGUCUUCAUCUACUGUUUUUUCUCAAUUAGUCUGAGGAACAUUGUUAUCUGUGGACUUUAUACAAUGUUGUUGUACAUGAGGUUUGUGGUGUGUGUUUUGUCAGACAUGUAUUACUGAGUCUUUUGCUGAGAGUUAAAUAAGUUAUUCCUUUGUCAUGGUUCUCAGUGAAACUAUGAUGGAAUUCAUGAGAGAGUAGCAUUCUUUCAGAAAAGUUCAUUUUUUCUAUGGAAAUAGUAUAGAAUCUUGAACAGAUGUUGAAAGUAUAAAAUGACAGUAUUACCUAUGAAGAAAUGUAUAAUGAUAUUACAUUUGACAGUGAUUAAAGUCCUAAAAACUGAAUAACCAGAGUGUGAAAAAGUUUCUUGAUAAUAUUCUGAAAUUUCCUGAAAUAUAUGAAAUGCUACAGAUAGUGUAUUAGGAAAUUAUAAAGUUUCAGUGUCCAGCAGACACUGGUGGCGUGGCAUUGGUGUUACUGGAACAGACAAAAUCAGAUUAUUAAUUAUUCUGAAACAAUGAAAAGCUACUGUUCUAAUAAACCUGUACAGAUACUUUUUAGUUCAAUUAUUUAGUUAACUUACUGCAUAUAUUGCUCUAAAAAAAUAUCUGAACUGAAGUAUAACUUCUUGGUAUGUAUUACUACCAUCUAGUCCAUGCCAGAUUAUUGAAAUUACAGAAUGCAAAUGUUAUUAGCCUAUUCACACUUCAAAUUUAAAGUAGGUUUUGAAUGGUCAUGUUAACGUAACUAAAAAGAUUGUCAUUAAAAAGUCACACUGUAGGGUCCAAAUAAUAUUAAGAUCAUUCAUGUUAAGGCAUCACUUAAGGUUUCCAAAUCGGUUAAUCUCAUAUUGAAUCAAAAUAAUAAAAAGUAGUAAUGUGUUUGAAUUGUUAAAUUAUUUAUUUAUUUAUUUAUUUGUCUAUUUAUAACUCGUCUAUAUUUCACUGAGUGGUUAAUGCUGUCAUUCUGACAGAUGACGUGCUAGUCAUAUUUGC